AUGUUUGACAGAGCCAAGUCUCCCAAAGAUAAAUACCAACCCGAACGCACCAUCCGUGUCGACGCUAUGCCUCCCCCCUAUCGAUCUACAUACGUGGUCGAACCAACUCUCGUACCUCUUAAUUCUUACCACGAAAGUAUGUACUAUGCUCAAGAAAGAGAGCGAGAGCGCGAACGCGAACGCGAAAGAAUGUUGGACUUUGAGCGGGAGAGAGAAAGAGAAAGGGAAAGAGGACGAAGACCGAGUUGUUCAGAUCUCUUCCAUAAUAUCGAUGUGAUACAACGUCUAGGCGAAAGAUUCAAGGGGUUGAAUACGACUUUUUCGCCACCGCCGCCCUCAGCCUCCCAUUUAAACUCCAGCGCAGCCAGUCGUACUUCUUCAAGUGCUGGUAAUAGCAACGCACAUGCUCGAACCCAAACCCAAACUCAAACUCAAACAAACGAGAGUUUUGCGAAUACGGCGAUAUUGGCCGCAAGGAUUAAAGAGCUAGAAAGGGAGAAAGAGUUAGCGAGGGAAAAGGAAAUUGAAAAGCUGAACAGUGGAUUGAAUGGUGUUCGGGGAGACAUUAAGGGGCUGCAGAUGAAAUCUGAGAGGGAAGAAGGAAGAAGAGAGGGUAGAAUAGAGGGGAUGGGUAUCAAGAUAUUGGGUACUGGGAAUAUACCCCCAUUUGGCGAAACCUGGAUCAACACGAAUGGAGAAAUUAAUCCUUUCUCGCCACCUCGCAGCCAGGAACGAGAAAUCGAGAUACCGGAGACGCAGGAAAUGAGACGGAGCAACAGGAUACACGGGGGUAGAGUGGAUGAGGAGGCGAUUUUCGCAGGAUAG